CACAGCAGCAGCAGGGGGGACAGGACGGCGCAGCAGUGAAGGGAUUCAGAGCAGGGAAAGCGCCUCUCUGUCCCAGCGCCUCCCUGCACUGCAUCCCUUCGCUGAGCGGGUAGCGCCGGGCCUGAGUGCACUAUAUAUUGUGACUCUCCAUCAGUAAAAGAGGUUGCCUGUCUCUGGGUGUACUGGGUACUUUGCAAGGAGCUAACGUGUCCCAAUCUCCAAUAAUCGAUAUGCUGGCAUUACUAUACUUGUAGUAACCAAGUGACUUACAGGUCUGAUGAAGCUGCUGGGGUGUCAUGAACUAGCUUUUGGGGAAGCUCUGCUCUAAUUCCCCUGGAGAUGUCAGUAUUGCAGUAAUUAGGGAUUUACAGCCUGAUCAGUGCUGCAGCUGGCUCACCCCUCUUCGGCUGCCACUCCAAGCUGGGGCCACCUUCCGUGCCGCCUCUCCGGCUGCAGACUCUCCACUUGCUGCUCACUGGGGAAGGACUCACAGCUGCCCUCCAUCUCUAGCUCUCCCUCUCUGGUCACCGGGAACAGUAGUCAGCACCGGGUAAAUAGUGCAGCACUUCUGCUCACUGCUAGCCACUCCUCUCAAAAUGGAUGCUCAACGACCACCAACUGUCACACACCAGCCAGCAUGAGCCAGCCUCUCCCUGAAGCAGCAUGUGACACCCUGGUAGCCAACGUGUGGGAUAUUAUUGGCACGUCUGCUUAUCUUCUCUGGGACUGCACAUGAGGAAACACCGUAAGACACUGUGACGAGUGGUGUAAUCAAUACUCAUUGUGCAGUGAUCAGGAUCCAGCGUUACAUGUUGUGGCACAAAGUCCGGCGCAGGGUGAAAGGUCAGAGACUGUUCCCCGGGAGAGUAGGAGAAGGCGAGAACUUACAUAUCCCUCCGUAUAAGGACAAUCACACUCCUGAGUGUCCAGACAUAAGAAGAGAAUAUUCUGCAUCUGCUAUGAGGCGUGUAUGACUGCGGCCACAUCCACCCGGGACCAUAGUACACAGAGGCGGCCGCGCAGCCGAUUACAAGAUGUUGAACAAUUUGUUUCCAGUUAUGUCCCUUAUGUCAAUGCUGAAAGGAGAGGUGUGCUAUGACCGGCUGGGGUGUUUUACGGACAAAUCCCCAUGGUCUCGGACCUUACAGCGGCCAAUAGGCCACUUACCGUGGUCUCCACAGAAGAUUAAUACCCGCUUCCUGCUGUACACGAGACAUAAUCCUAACAACUUCCAGGAAGUCAGCGCUAUUAAACCAAACACGAUCGCAGCAUCACCAUUUAAUGUCCACCGGAAAUCUCGAUUCAUUAUCCAUGGAUUUACUGAGAAUGGUGAAAAGAGCUGGCUGUCUUAUAUGUGCAAGGUCAUGUUACAAGUGGAAGACGUGAACUGUCUCUGCGUGGAUUGGGGUGGUGGGUCUCUGGCUCUCUAUGGUCAGGCAGCUAACAACAUUCGAGUCGUGGGGGCAGAGGUGGCUUAUUUCAUCAGCACCCUAGAGCACAAGUUUGGCUACUCCCCAUCUAAUGUUCACAUCAUUGGACACAGUCUGGGGGGUCACGCAGCUGGCGAGGCUGGAAGGAGGCACCCCGGAAUUGGCAGAAUUACUGGACUGGAUCCCGCGCAGCCGUAUUUCCAGGGCACCCCCGCGGAGGUCAGGCUGGAUCCGUCAGACGCUCUUCUGGUGGACGUCAUUCACACAGAUAGUUCCUCAACAACUUCUAACCUGGGUAUGGGGGGCUAUGGAAUAAGCCAGACCGUCGGCCAUCUUGAUUUCUUUCCGAAUGGAGGAAAGCACAUGCCGGGGUGUGAGAAAGACAAGGUUAUCCGAAGAGGCAAUAUGGAUGUAAUUGGAGCCAUGGGCCUAAUUCAGUAA